CGACUAUUACAUUACGCUAGUAAAAAUUUUUACUCCCAAGUUGUUUCUCGCGGAGUUCGUGUCGGUGUCUAGUUUUUUCGGUGAAAAUAGUGAAACCAAGUGUCGAUAUGUAUUAAUUUAUCAGUGAAAAACGUUAAUGUUUGUGUAUUGUGUUUCGUUUUAAUUAUUUCGAGGUGGAUAUUUAAGUUAGAAUGGCUUUGGGUAACGGGAACACCCCGAACGGGGGUGUUACCCAAGAAAAGGCUCCGGUUGUCAACGGAACUAACAUGGAAACUCUUCCGAGGACGGGAAAACAGACUGAUCCCAACACAGCUUUUUUAAGAGCAGCCAGGGCUGGACAGUUGGACAAAAUUCAAGAAUAUUUGGACUCCGGCACUGUUAGAGACAUCAACACUUCCAAUGCGAACGGUUUGAACGCCCUUCACCUGGCUUCGAAGGAUGGACAUGUGGAAAUUGUGAGAGAACUUUUGAAGAGGGGUGCAAUUGUAGACGCGGCCACCAAAAAAGGCAACACCUCGCUACACAUCGCUUCUCUUGCUGGUCAAGAGGAAGUAGUACGAUUGCUGAUUCAACACAACGCCUCUUUGAACGUACAGUCCCAAAAUGGAUUCACCCCUUUGUAUAUGGCGGCUCAAGAAAACCACGACGGUUGCGUCAAAUACCUACUAUCGAAAGGAGCGAAUCAAACUCUAGCGACCGAGGACGGAUUCACACCCUUGGCCGUGGCCAUGCAACAAGGCCACGACAAGGUCGUGGCCGUAUUAUUAGAAAAUGACACUAGAGGGAAGGUGAGACUGCCUGCUUUGCACAUAGCUGCAAAAAAGGAUGACGUCAAAGCUGCAGCCCUACUCUUACAGAACGAACACAAUCCAGAUGUAACGUCCAAAAGCGGCUUCACCCCGCUGCACAUAGCCGCUCAUUACGGCAACGACAAAGUAGCGUCGCUUCUGUACGACAAAGGCGCCGAUGUGAACUACACUGCCAAGCACAACAUCACGCCUUUGCACGUGGCCAGCAAGUGGGGCAAGCUCAACAUGGCAACCCUGCUGGUGGCCAAGGGGGCCGACAUACAGGCCAAGACCAGGGACGGACUCACCCCGCUGCAUUGCGCGGCGCGAUCGGGCCACGAACAGGUCGUCGACAUUUUGCUCGAGAACGGGGCCCCGAUGCACGCCAAAACGAAAAACGGUUUGGCCCCUCUGCACAUGGCAGCCCAGGGUGAACACGUAGACGCCGCCAGGAUUCUUCUGUUUCACGGUGCGCCGGUAGAUGAGGUUACUGUCGAUUAUUUGACAGCUCUCCACGUUGCCGCUCACUGUGGCCAUGUCCGCGUUGCCAAACUUCUUCUAGACAGAGGCGCAGACCCCAACGCCAGAGCCUUGAACGGGUUCACUCCCUUACAUAUAGCUUGUAAAAAGAAUAGGAUAAAAAUGGUGGAGUUGUUACUUAAACAUGGUGCAAGUAUCAGUGCUACAACAGAAAGUGGACUAACUCCUUUACACGUUGCCAGCUUUAUGGGUUGUAUGAAUAUUGCUUUAUAUUUGUUACAACACGAAGCUAGUCCCGAUAUACCGACUGUGCGUGGAGAAACGCCUUUACAUUUAGCGGCCAGAGCCAACCAAACUGACAUCAUAAGAAUUCUGCUGAGAAACGGCGCUGCUGUUGACGCCAAGGCGCGAGAAGAACAGACUCCCCUCCACGUGGCUUCCAGGCUCGGCAACGUCGACAUCGUGAUGCUUUUGCUGCAACACGGCGCUCAACCCCACGCCACCACCAAAGACCUCUACACCCCGCUGCACAUCGCGGCCAAGGAGGGCCAAGAGGAGGUGGCGUCGGUGCUUUUGGAGAACGGCGCCGAUUUGACGGCGACCACGAAAAAAGGCUUCACGCCGCUGCAUCUGGCGGCCAAGUACGGCCACCUCAACGUCGCCAGGCUUCUUUUGCAGCGCGACGCCCCCGCGGACGCGCAGGGCAAGAACGGAGUCACUCCGUUGCACGUCGCUGCGCACUACGACCAUCAGCCUGUCGCUUUGCUGCUGCUGGAUAAAGGUGCGUCGCCUCACGCCACUGCCAAGAAUGGACACACGCCGUUGCAUAUUGCUGCCAGGAAAAAUCAGAUGGAUAUUGCUACAACACUCUUAGAAUACGGUGCCCACGCCGACGCAGAAUCUAAGGCUGGCUUCACACCUCUCCACUUGAGCUCGCAAGAAGGUCACUCGGACAUGUCUUCCUUACUGUUAGAACACCAAGCCAAUCCAAAUCAUGCAGCCAAAAACGGACUUACGCCCCUUCAUCUUUGCUCGCAAGAGGACCGCGUGCCGGUCGGCAACAUUUUGCUGCGCUCGGGCGCCAGCAAAGACGCGCAAACCAAAGCCGGCUACACGCCGUUGCACGUGGCGUGCCACCACGGCCACGUCAACAUGGUCAGGCUUUUGGUCGAGCAGGGCGCAGACGUCAACCCUGUCACAAGCGCAGGUUACACUCCUUUGCACCAGGCUGCGCAGCAAGGACACGUUUUGGUCAUCAGUUUGUUGCUGAAGAAUAAAGCUGACCCCAACGCUAUUACCAAUAGUGGACAAACUGCUCUUGGCAUCGCCAAUAAGUUGGGUUACAUUAGCGUGGUGGAAGAAUUGAAGGUGGUGACUGAAACAAAUGUUACCACUACAACGACGGUAAACAUCGAGGAGAAAUAUAAGGUUGUUGCACCUGAGGCCAUGCAGGAAACGUUUAUGUCCGACUCUGAAGAUGAGGGUGGAGAUGAUCCACUGUUAGGCGACCAGCAGCAAUACAAAUACAUGACCGUUGAUGACAUGAAGAGUUUGGGAGACGAUUCCAUGAAAAUGGACGUGACGAACGACGAGUACAACAGACAUUCGAUGGCUCCUUCUCACUUAAGUAACGAGCUUAUUAUUACUCCGACCCACGUCAAAGACUAUUAUGCAUCAAAUGUAAACCACCAUGCCCCUGACAACGUGGACAUCAAACGACAACCGAAAACCACAGACUUCUUGGUGUCCGUUCUGGUGGACGCCAGGGGCGCAGCUAUGCGCGGUUGCCGUCACUCGGGCGUCCGGAUGAUCGUGCCGCCUAGAUGCGCCGCCAGUCCAACGCGCAUCACCUGCAGAUACGUCAGACCGCAGAGGACCCCCCACCCUCCUCCACUGAUGGAGGGCGAGGCUUUGGCCAGCAGACUGCUGGAACUCGGGCCCGUUGGUGCCAAAUUUUUAGGACCUGUAAUCCUGGAAGUACCCCAUUUCGCAUCGCUCCGCGGAAAGCAACGCGAAAUAAUAGUUUUGCGUUCAGAAAAUGGAGAGACAUGGAAAGAACACACUCUGGAAUCCAACGAGGAAGCCAUCCAGGACGUGUUAAACCACAGUUUUGACGGACAAGAAUUGAAUCAAAUUGAUGACCUGCACACCAACAGAAUCACCAGGAUACUGACCAGCGAUUUCCCCCACUAUUUUGCCGUUGUCUCUAGAAUCAGACAGGAAGUGCACGCGAUUGGUCCGGAUGGCGGCACCGUCUCCAGCACUGCAGUUCCAUUGGUCCAAGCAGUUUUCCCGUCAAAUGCGCUCACCAAGAAAAUUAGAGUUGGGUUACAAGCUCAGGCAAUAGAACCAGAACUGGUGUCGAAGCUUCUCGGUCACGGUGUUGCCGUCUCUCCCAUCGUCACAGUGGAGCCCAGGCGCAGGAAGUUCCACAAGGCUAUAACUUUGAGCAUGCCCGCGCCCAGAGCCCACUCUCAAGGCAUGAUCAACCAGUACUCUGGAUCCGCGCCCACUCUUCGACUAUUGUGCUCCAUCACGGGCGGUCAAAAUAAGGCCGUUUGGGAGGACGUGACAGGCUCGACACCGCUCACUUUCGUCCGCGACUGCGUCUCCUUCACCACGACGGUGUCGGCACGUUUCUGGCUCAUGGAUUGCCGUAACGUGUCGGACGCGGCCAAAAUGGCGACGGAGCUGUACACGCAGUCGACGCACGUGCCCUUCAUGGCCAAGUUCGUCGUUUUCGCCAAGCGGGUGAGCAACUUGGAGGCGAGGGUCAGGGUUUUCUGCAUGACAGAUGACAAGGAAGACAAGACUUUGGAGCAUCAGGAGCAUUUUACCGAGAUUGCCAAGAGCAGGGAUAUAGAGGUACUUGAAGGCAAAUACGUCUUCAUGGAAUUCGCUGGCAAUUUGGUACCAGUACUUUCGUCUGGUGACCAACCUAGACUUGGAUUUAAAGCAUUCAAAGAAAAUCGACUAGCUUUUACCAUGAGACUUAGGGAUCAGGACGAAGACGCAGUUGGCAGGAUCGUAUUCAUGAACGACGCCAAAGUGGCUCGCGGAGAACCCAACCAAGUCCCACUGUGCACUCUCAACCUGGUUUUACCCACCGACGUGCUCCCUGGCAGGGAUUCCCAGUCGGAUUUGCUGGCAAUCGACAAGGAUUACAGCUAUCUAUCCCACGGCGGAAUCAGCAAACCCGACACCAUCCACAGAGCGGAUAUCCGAGUAUCCGACAUAUCCAACCUACUUGACGACGAUUGGGAGAGAUUGGCGCUCGAAUUGGACAUUGCGCCCUCCGAAAUCAAGCUGAUCAAGGAAGAAUAUCCGGAGAGCAAGCCGCAGCAGGCCACGGUGAUGCUGAAAUUAUGGCUGAAAACGAAAGAGGACAAGGCGACCGGUAAUCAGUUGGAGUUGGCUUUGAACAAAAUUGGCAGGCCCGAUAUCGUCAAAAAAUGUAUUUGCAACGUGGAGUUGGUCACUGACGAUAUGGAGAAGGCCAUGGCGAAAAUUCAUUUGGAGGAUAAGUCAGGUUUUGAUUAUCUCAAGGAUGAGUUGGGGCCAAGUAGAGAUACUUCAUUGAGAAGGGACGAGAAGAUUGACAUUUCUUAUAAGAGUAGUCAGGAUGAGCUUUCCAUGAGUGAGAAGAAUGAUGAUUUCCAGAACGAAAACGUGGGUAAAGACACGAUCGACAAAAUCGACAAUAAAAAAUCCAAAACGACCGUAAAAAUAGAACAACUGGAUAACAUUCCGAGAAACGAAAACGCAAACGAAGAAGCCCUCGAAGAAAUCACCAAGCAGUUCAACAAUCUUCAAGCGGCACCCAAUAAAAUAAUCGACACCAACGGAAACACCCCGCCACCAAGCCCUGCUGAUUUUAAUACCAAAGAAAAUAAUUUCGAAUCAGGAAAACCGCAGGAUAUUUUUACGUCGACGCCUGCGAAAAAAUCGGCCGCCUACCCGAUCGAGGUGUCUUUUCCGGACACCAUUGCAGUCCUCAAGCAGAACGUCAGCGAUACUUUGACGUUUCUGCACCAGGAGAGGAACGAUUUUUUGCCGGAAGACGAUAUCAUAAUACCCAGCAGGAAAGAUGAUCACAUUUCCAAGAAGAUCAACUUGGAAAGUAUCAACAAUAAGCAUCCUAAAAAACAGACGUCCGAUUUGGAUGUGUCCAUGGAUUUGGAUACGAGCACCGUAAAAGAUAUCGCGGAAAGUGAGGUGGAGCAAGUCAUUGAAAAGGCUGAGAAUGUCGCGAAUGAAAUGUACAAUAAGAAGAUUAGGCUUGGGGAUAAUGAUAAUGAAAAAAUGGAUAGUAUUAAAGAUUUAUCCGAUAGUCUACUGGAUGAUGCCAGAAACGCUACCGAAGAUUCGCUGGAUAACCUGGAGAGUUUAAAGGACGAUUCUAUAUCCGUGAUCCAGGAAAAAAGCGAUGAGGCUUUUAAGUUCUUAGAACAAGAAGCUUCAAGUCCUCUGGUUAUACCUUUGGAAGACUCAAUUACGUUUGUACAAAAAGAGUUGGACUCCAUUUUAACGUCAGAUGAUUCGUUUACCAAGACGGUUUCAUUCUCGGAGUCGCCUGGAAAGAGUUCGAAGAGUUCCAUACCUGUAGCCAAAACCAGAUCCAAAUUAGAGUCGGAAAAGGAUAUCGAUUUUUUGUUUGACGAGCUGCAGCGUGAUUCCGUAUCGCCCGAAGCCGAACUGUUGAGUAAAAUACCCGUGGUCAAAGGUGGCAAAAUUAAAACCAUAAAGAAGCAUUCUAAAGAUCCGUUGAAGGAGUUCGUAACGUUGUCGAAGGACGUGAAUUGGGACGACGAGGACGUUUCGAGUAAAAUGACCGCCGACCCGAUCGUCAAAACGACGGUGACGAGAAUCACGACGGAGAACAAGAGCAAAAUCCCCAAACUGAACGCGGUCGAGCCGGACUUUGAAGUGUCGCCGAAGAGCAAGAUCCCCGUGCUGAAGACCGAAACGACGCGGAUCGCGUCGCCGGAGUCGCAACUCGUGUCGCCGGACUCGCGGCCGUCGACCCUCGACUCGGACUCUGACGAGGACAGCCGACGCAGCCCGAUGCCCAAGGGCAUCCUCAAGAAGGCGGUCGCGCGCACGGUGGGCAGCUCGAGCGGAUCGGACGUCGCUCUUCACGAGGAGGGCGCCGAGCUCAGCGAGGACGAUUCAGAAGACUUUUACCACCAAGAACCUCAAUACACAGAAACAAAAACAGAAGAAAUCGACCCCAUAACCGGAGCCAAGACAACAAGGGUCCUGAAGACAGUGAGCCAAGUGAUCACAUCUCCAGGAGGAAGAAAUGAAGAAGAGAUCCGAGAACACAUGCAAAAUGUCGUUGAUCAGUUCAUGUCGGAGGAGAGACAUCCUCAAUAAACAAACCGUUCAGUCAUUGCUACUUAAUUCAAUUAAACUAGAUGACUAUAAUUAUAGAUAUUCUAUGCCGGUUUUGUAAUUUUAUUUAUUAUUUAAGAUGUUUUAUCUUUACACUUUUAUUUGUACCAUAUUCCAAAAUACUUAUUGACUAAGUAUGUUUUUGUUAAUUUUAUUCAAAACGACCAAGUUUUAAAUUUGUGAGGUUCUUUAUAUUUAUUAAAAGUUUUAGAAGUAUUCUUAAAUAUAGUGUAUAUUAAAUUAAUGCAAUUUGAGAGAUUAUAUUCACUUUUGAGCGUUAGCAGAGCAAACUAAAUAAAUAAAACUUGUUCCAGUUAUGUAAGUAAUAUACUUUUUAGUAUUUUAAUAUAGUGCCUAAACGAAUGUUUUUUACUUGAAACAGCUAGUUUCGGGUAAAAAUCGUGGUUUCCCUUUCUUAUACUAGGUGCAAGCGUAAAUUAUCUUUAUGGUACUAAAUUUUUCCGCCACAGUUGUUAAAAUUGUGAAAUUUUAUUAUUAUACAUAUAGAUUUUAAUAUAUUAUACAUAAUGCUUACACAUUAUAUUAUAAAGUUAUAAGAUUGUAGAAAUAUGGUUGCUUCUGUAAUUGAAAAAUAAAUGUGUGGUGUACAUUUUCUUUUA